ACGUAGAAAUGAAGUCUUGGUGGAUUUUCAUCUUUUCUCUGGGAAUGCUAACUGUCCAAAAUCUCUCAGUGGACGCUAGCCCGGUGUAUAUGAGAAUGUUUCCUCGAGAGCGAGAGGAAUACGAAAGAAGCUGGCUUGAAGAAAGGAGAAGUAAGUUUCAAUCCGAUUUUCUUCCGUUUGAUGGUUGUUCCGAAUAAAAAUUUCACUUGUAAGGAGGUUUGAGCUGCAACAAAGCACUGUUGUUUUGACUCUCCUAACCAACAUCAAACCGGCUUAUCGCUCAAUUCAAUGGACCGUCUCAUUCACAAAACAAUUGCAAGCCAAAGGGCAUUAGCAACUGAUCUACUUUUCUUCCCUUAAGACCAUAAAAGAGAAAUGCUCGAUUCGUUCAUUUUAAAUCUUGAUUUACCAUAUUAUGCGAUCUCAGAAAUAUUCUAAGAUUUUUUGUUUUGAUACGCGUUGAAAUUGAGACGACAAACAUUUCCGGUGUUUGAACCGAAAUGGCACACAAUUCUCUGAGAAAGAGAGCGAAACAUAUAUAUCAACAUCGACAGCUCUACGAAAUCGCUGGCUCAUUAAUUUUGAAAUCUCGGUCAGUAAUAAUUAAUCGACCCACAACGCUCAUACAUACUCUCCCAUGAAACAAUUUUUUUAGAUAAGAAUUUCUUGAUCUAUCUUCGACGGGCAUCAGAAUGGCCUUAUGAGGAUUAGCUUACGACAGGCAAGUAUGUCACAGUACGCAAUUGAUAAACACACUGUCAAGUCGAGGUCGGUAGCUCAAUGGACAGCUGUAAUCUUUGAAUGUAAUUUCUUCUGAUUGGUAUAUUAUUUAGUUUACAGCGAACACUAAACGCCAUAUUAUAUUAUACAAGCGUGAAAUCUGUCUGGAAAGCCAAAGUUCAAUUUAAGAUUUCCACUGCCUCGCCCCGUUUAUCCAAAUUUAAUCCACCCGGUCUAAGCCUUGUUCAAUUGGCCCAAGUGUGAAGAGACAAAUCUUGGCUGACGGAUGUUAAAGUUGGCUUACCAUCGAUCAACCGCGUGAUUCAAGAAACCCACAGUGUUAGUAAUAGUGCGGUCAUAUUUCAUUAACUGCCCCUUAGCUUAUUAACCCCGUGUAAUUAAACUUCAUUAAAAUAAAGGGGCUUCGUUAUCUUCCCGCAGGCCUCUGCUACGAUUUAAAACCUAUCGAGUGUAUUACGGAGGAGAGUCUAUGCGAUGAACUUGUCCACGCAAAAUAUGAGGACUUCCUUGCCUUCGCUCACUAUAAGUGUCCCUCCACGUGCAGGGUGUGUUAAGAG